UAGAAACAACCUUAGUUCAGAUUUCGAUUUGUCACACCAUCCUUUGCAUUUUGACCACUGUCCAAAAUCUAAUAAUAAAAGUCUUUAUUAUUAGAGUAAUUCGCUUUUAUUUUUCGUCCAAGUUCAGGUGCGUUCGUUGUUUGCGGUUUCACUUGAUCUUCGGCGGUCGCACGAUGUGGUUAUACGGCAUUCUUUUAUGGUUGUGUUUUUUUAGUGUUGAUGGGAGAAGUAGAUUAAAAAGAAGUGAACAGCCGGUUUGUUAUGGAUGCAGAGCCGGAUCGAACGUUCUUUCAGUACUUAUUAAUUAUUUUGGUUUAUCCUCGGAUCAAAUAACUUAUUUAUCUAAAUUUGUUUGCGCCGCCUUUCAAAAUGAUAUUAAAGUUUGCGAGGAUACCAUUAAAGAACAGGCUAAAAUCAUUCAUCACAUUAUCAAAAAAAAUCCUAACAUAUCCCCAUCGAAAAUGUGUCAAUUGCUUCAUAGAUGCAACAUAGUUUCAGACUGGGAGGUAAAAAUUCCGCCGAAAUAUUACGAGGUUGAUAACAAAUGGACGUUUUCGGGGAAUUCCUUCGAAAUUUUACAUAUUAGCGAUAUUCAUUACGAUGAUAAAUACUUAACCGGAAGUCCGGUGAAGUGCCAAAAGUUUCUAUGUUGCCAAGAAGAUAGUUUAUUUAAGAUAAAUGCUGAAUCGACAUCUGCUGGUUAUUGGGGCAGCUAUGGAUGGUGUGAUAGUCCGGGGAGAUUUGUCGAAGCUAGUUUAAAACAUAUCAAUGAAAAACACAAUAAUGUUAAAUAUAUUUAUUUCACCGGUGAUAUUGUUAGUCAUCGAAUUUGGGAUACCAACAAAAAACAUAACUUAAAAAUAAUUCGGCACGUUUAUAAAGAGCUUAGAGAAAAAUUUCCGGGGAAAAUUAUUUUCCCAGUUUUAGGAAACCACGAAACUCAUCCAGUUAAUUUAUUUUCUCCAAUUAAUUACACAGACGAAGUAUUAUCAACUCAAUGGCUUUACGAAGAAAUCGCAGAACUUUGGAGUUAUUGGCUCCCAAAUGAAACGAAGGAAACUAUCAAAAGAGGUGGAUUUUACACCGUUUUAGUCGAACCCGGUUUCAGAAUAAUCGCUUUAAACAGCAACGUAGCUCAAAUCUUUAAUUGGUGGUUAUUUUUAAUUGAUAACAUUGACCCAUAUGGACAACUACAAUGGAUGGUUGACGUUUUAACUGAAGCAGAACGAAAUAACGAAGUAGUUCACAUAAUUUCUCAUGUUCCAUCAAACGGCAGAGAGGUAGAAAAAGUAUGGAGUCGAGAAUUUCGAAAAAUCUUAGACCGAUUUAGGCACGUUAUUCGAGGAAUUUUCAACGGACACACUCAUUUAGAUGAAUUUAUUCUUUACCAUGCAAAAGAAUUUCCUUACGAACCCACAGUUUUAGCUUGGAAUGGGGGAAGUUUAACAACUUAUCACGAAGAUAAAUUUGUUAAUCCAAGUUACAGAGUUUUCGAUAUUGAUGCGAAGAAUUUUAACACAAUCGAUUAUACUCAGUUUACUUUUAAUUUAACCGAGGCUAAUUUAUACGAAGAGGAACCAAAAUGGUACGAGCUAUAUUCGUUUAGAAAAGCUUAUGGAGUUGAAAAGUUAGCCCCGGAAAUAAUCGAAAAUGUUUUAUUAAAAAUGAAAGAUGAUGUGGGUAUGCAAGAAAUGAAUUUUCGUUAUAGUGUAAGAGAAGCGCCUGGAAAUUAUUGUAAUAAUAAUUGUUUAAAAAGCAUUUGGUGUGGGUUAUAUUCCAGUGAAUCGAAAGAAAAUUUAGAAAAUUGUUUUUAGAUUAAAUAUUUAUACGAUUUUUAUACUUUAAAAUAAAAUUAAUUUUUUAUU